UCUCUGUGUGUGAUAAUGGAAGUCAGUGCAAUCUUGUAGCACAGGACGAGCAACACAAGUCUGAUUUCUAGCAGUGGAAUCUGUUCACUGCUGCUGCUGACACCUGUAACCAAAAUAUGCCAGGACAUGUAAAGCAUUUAAAAUUGUUUUUUUUUUUUUUUUUAAGUAUAGCUGACUCAUGUAUGUUUACGUGCAUGCAUCGGUACACGUAUGGUGUACAGAUCUCCCCCAAACAACCUCAAUCACUGCAUCACCAUGACAGCCGUCUGAACUGCUUCAUGACUCUAGUUUUGUUUCGGGGCCACAGGAUGGCCACCUUGCCUUGUGCAACCUGGACCUACAGGUAACAUUCAAAUGAAGAAUUUAGCCCAGAGAAUUUAUAUCAACUGCACGUCAUUCACACUCAAGUGUCACACAGUCUGCUGUUGGAUCACUGGAUUCUAAAAGGAGAGGCAACAGUAUAGAGAAGGGAUUUAAGAGGAGCAUCAUGAGAGAGCCUAUGGAAAAAGUCCAAACUACUGCUCAUGGAUAUGGCUGUUUUCAACGCUGCUCUCUUCUGGGACACAGCACAGCCACGUCUGCUGUGCUCAGUCGCCUCCUGAGAUUUGGGGCUGCGGCUCUCAUUGUCAGUGCGGUGUUAAUGCUGUGUGCUUCCAUGGCUGCUCUCUACCUGUGAAAAGCCAAUGAUCAAAAUGUUUACAAUGUGCAUUACAGUAUGAAGAUCAAUGGCGAGGUGAGGGAGGGCUCUGUGGAAAUUGAUUCUGACAACAACCUGGAGAGAUUUAAAACCGGGAGUCGAGCUGAGGAAGCCGAGGAGAUUCAUGACUUUCAAAUUGGAAUAACUGGAAUCCGCUUCUUUGAAGGAGACAAGUGCUAUAUAAAAUCCCAAAUCAAAGCCAGCCUUCCACACAUGGGAGCUCACAACAAAGAGUCACCACUGUUCGACCUGACAGACAAAUUAAUGCCAGUGAGGUUUGAUGAGCGCUUUGUGGUAUGGGUCGCUGGAGACCAGCCUCUAAAGGACACCAGUUUCCUGAGCAAUAAAAUACUGAGUCUAUGUGGAGAACUUCCCAUUUACUGGCUACAACCUAACUAUCAUAAAGAUGGGGGAAGGAGAAAGAGAGACGCACGGCGAGCCAAACAGUCGUUUGACACGGAGGAGUUGGAGGCAGCUGUGGAGGAAAAGGACCCAGUGAGUCACACACAGGAUGACACCUCCAGAGUCACGGAGGAAGAGGAGGAGGGGGCGCAGUCAAGUGCAGGGUCAGCAUACAAUCCUGAAAACCCUUAUCAUCGCAUUGGAGCGGCCGGGGAGGAAGGCGCCAUGACCUUUGACACCAUGUUAGACCACCAGGGGAUCUGCUGCUCAAAUUGCCAACGCAGCUACACUCACUGUCAGAGAAUAUGCGAGCCUCUGCGCGGCUACUGGCCUUGGCCGUACAACUACAGAGGAUGCCAGGUGGCCUGCAGAGUCAUUAUGCCUUGCCGCUGGUGGGUGGCACGCAUUUUGGGUGUUGUGUGAACACCACAUUAUACAUUUGUGAGUCACACUUAAAGAUAUAGUACAGUAACAAAAAGGUAAUAGUAAAAAAAAAACAAUUCAUGUAUGUUUACAUGCCGUUGGUCCCACAGGUGAUUAGUGGUCAUUUGUAUAUUAGUAGGAAUCUGUCUGGUCUAGUCAGGUCACCUGAAAGGGAGGAAGUGAGUUUUUUAAUGCCGAUGCAACAGGAAAGUUACAGGUGUGGAUGUUAUGGAAAUGAUGCCACAUUAAUGGACACUAAGAGGCUUUGCGAAUAAAAAAUAAAUGGGCUCAUAUAAUUCAACUUUGAGUCGGAAUUUGCUUCACCAGACAUGGUAAUUAUCUGUGCGCGAGUUCAUUAAUUCAAGUGAGACACCUCGGCUUAAAGCAUAGGUUUGACCUCUUACAACACCGUCUCACUUCGAAUACAAUGUUCUGCUUUGUAAUAGCAAUGACAGCUUGGUAAUUAGUCUUACCGUCAUCAAACCCCAGUGUCACACAUUCACAUGAAAAUGCUGUUUAACCAAUAUUGAUAAUUGUUCCAAUUAAUUGUCCCACACUCGUUUGCAUUUGUUAUUACCAAGCUGUCACUAUGUGUUUCUAUAGAUUUAAGAUGUAUUACCAAAAUAUUACCUCCCUAUUACGAAAUGACUUACUUGGUAUGACAUUAUUGUUACUGUACUAUAAAGGAAAGUGUUGCCCACGAUGUAAAAAGUCUCUCUAGUAUCAUCUUAGAAUCAGAUACAGAUAUUUCAAUCCUGAAUUGAAUUAUCAGAGUUAAACCUGUUAACAUGAUAUAAUGAUGUAUGAUUAUGUAAGCUAUUACUAUCUUCGCUAUCUGUUUAUCAGCCAGGGCUUUCUCGUUGUAGGCAUACACUGCUUCAUUACUAUACUGCCUCAGUAAAACGGGGGCUAUAUAAACGGCAUAUUCCUAUUUGCAGCUCAACAGACUCACAAAUGAGCACAUUCAUUUUGCAUCUUGUAGUAGCGAGGCUUAAUGCACUGUACUGUGUUUAAUGGAGGGUAUGGGGCUGAAUCCAAAUGCUCAGCAGAUCAUGUACCUUUUCUGACUGAAUAGGCUUCAAUAAAUUCUAAUUACACAAUA